CCCUCGGUGGCGCCCAUGGGUGGCCCGGCCCCCGUGCUGAGCAUGAAUUACCCCUUCUACGACGUGGCCCGACACGGCAUCCUGCAGGUGGCGGGUGAGUCCCGCCUCGGAAGACGAGUCGUCGCGCUCUGCCGCUGCCGGAUGCCCGCCUCUCGCGAGCUCAACCACAGGCGGCUGCUCAGGUAUUCGAAGUACACGCUGGACCAGUACGUGGAGAGCGCUUACACCGUUGUCUGCUUCCACUAUGGGCUGAACAGCCAGAACAAGCCGUCCCUGGGCUGGCUCCAGAGCGCCUGCAGAGAGUUUGACAGGAGGUGCAAAAAGAACUUGAAGGCCCUCUGGUUCGCGCACCCCACCAGCUUCAUCCAAGUCCAGUGGAACAUCCUCAAACCCCUCCUCAGCUUCUUAGGAGGUGGUGCAGUCGAGGUCCGAGGGCUGCCCCGCCAGGGGUCUGAGCCCUUCCUUAUCCCAGAGAGCCUGGCCGUGUGGUCCCAAGAGAGGAGAUCAGGGUUGGGGGUCCUGGGACUCCCCUGCCUGUUGGCUGUCACGUGGCUCCCCACCCGAGCCCUGGAGUCCUUCACUGAGAGUGGAAGGAGAAGUGAACGAGCCCAGUGGCUCUCCACUGCCCACCCACCGCCUGACACAGACGCUCUGGAGGCAGGGCUGACGAAUCCACCGCGCGCCCGCGUUGGGAUCUCCUCGAUGGGCUGCGAAGAGGCCCUUCUCUGGGGGGAGCCGGUGCCCGCGGUUCGGCCUCCCGUGGGCUCUGGGCUCCAGCGGUUUGGAAAAAAAGUCACCUAUUUCAGCUAUCUGAGUGAGCUCCGUGAACACCUCAGAUACGACCAGCUGAUCAUUGCCCCGGAGGUUCUGCGAUACGACGAGGAGCUUCGGAACCUGCACCUGGGCAGGCUGCCCCCUCCCACAAAGACGGCCCUGCCGCGGCCCCCUCUGCCUACCCAGCAGUUUGGCGUCAGUCUGCGAUAUGCCCGGGACGGAGAAUGCAGCGGAGCUCAGAGAAGGGGGGCGUUUGCUGAGAACAGCCACGCGGCCAGGAAGGAAGUAGGAGCCCAGGCCCAGCCGAGGGACAGUCUGUCCACCGCCCCACACCCCUGCCCGCCCUCGGAGGGACGCAGGAAGAGCGGGCUCAGGAAGGCCCCUCAUGCCGUGGCAGGUGUGGAGAGCAGCCUGCGAGUGACCCGCUGCCGCCAGAUUCUGCAGAGCCUUCCAGAACACAGCUACGCCGUCCUCAGCUACCUCAUGGGCUUCCUGCACGAGGUGUCCCGGGAGAGCAUUUUUAACAAAAUGAACAGCUCCAACCUGGCCUGCGUCUUCGGGCUGAAUCUGAUCUGGCCGUCCCAGGGGGCAUCCUCGCUGAGUGCCCUCGUGUCCCUCAACCCGUUCACUGAACUGCUGAUCGAGUGCUAUGGAAAGGUCUUCAGCGGCUUGGAGGUGCGCGGGGCCCAGGCAGGCGAGCAGGGCAGCCCCUGCGCCAGGGACUCUGCCCCAGAUGGACGCCCCAGAGACAGACCCACCACGGGCCUCGCCAGGUCCCCCGUGCCUAGCGUCCCCUGA